AUGGCUCAAGAAGUUCCAACUUUCAAGUUAGUUUUAGUCGGAGAUGGUGGUACCGGUAAGACCACAUUCGUCAAGAGACAUUUAACGGGUGAAUUCGAAAAGAAAUACAUUGCUACUUUAGGGGUCGAAGUCCACCCAUUAGGAUUCCACACCAACUUCGGGGAAUUGAAGUUCGAUGUGUGGGACACUGCUGGUCAAGAAAAGUUCGGGGGAUUAAGAGAUGGAUACUACAUCAAUGGACAAUGUGGGAUCAUUAUGUUCGAUGUGACAUCAAGAAUCACUUACAAGAAUGUUCCAAACUGGCAUAGAGAUUUGGUCAGAGUGUGCGAAAACAUUCCAAUUGUGUUGUGUGGUAAUAAGGUUGAUGUCAAGGAACGUAAGGUUAAGGCCAAGACCAUCACUUUCCACAGAAAGAAGAACUUGCAAUACUACGAUAUCUCUGCCAAAUCCAACUAUAACUUCGAAAAGCCAUUCUUAUGGUUAGCCAGAAAGUUGGUUGGUAACCCUCAAUUAGAAUUCGUUGCUUCUCCAGCAUUGGCUCCACCAGAAGUCCAAGUUGAUGCUGACUUGAUGCAAAGAUAUCAACAAGAAAUGGAACAAGCCACUGCCUUGCCAUUGCCUGAUGAAGAUGAUGCUGAUUUGUAG